AUGGGUAAUACCGAGAGUAAUGUAACAAGCGGUGUGAAGAAGCAAGCUGGAACCUCGGAGCAAAAGCUUUAUAAGCUAAUUGAUUUAAAAGGUGGUGGACUACUGGUAGACAUGAUGAAGAGGGCCGUCCAAAAUAAGCAGUACGCGGAGAUCGAUCAUGCAAUUAAGACGAAAGUGGAACCCUUUCUCUACAAUAAGGGCAAAGGCCGCUACAUUCCCAUAUCGCAUCUUGUUUUACUGCGGAACAAGGAAAGACCAAGGCACAAGCUGUUGCCCCCUUUAAGAGGCAUGGAGAAUCCUGACGAAGAGUUCGACGUGGAGAAGGAUUGGCCUGUGGUGACGCAAGAGGAGUACGAUGCUAAUCCUUCUGGCUACCGAGAGCUGUGCUGGGAUUUAAAGGAGCGAGGAGCAGUCGGAGAAACUAUACUUCAUCUAUGCUUACUCAACGCCACGUCCCUAUUGGCGGAUUUGGCGAAGCGAUUACUGCGUUUCUAUCCUAAGCUCAUAAACGACAUUUAUAUGAGCGAUGAAUAUUAUGGUGAGAGCGUACUCCAUAUGACAAUAGUUAAUGAGGAUCCGACGAUGGUCAAGUUCCUGCUGGACGCGGGCGCGGACUACCACGAGCGUUGCUGCGGCAACUUCAUGUGCCCCGAAGACCAGAAGGCGUCCCGCUCCGAUUCCCUGGACCACGAAUGGGUCAACGUGCAGCCGCACACAAACUACGAAGGCUAUGUAUAUUGGGGGGAGUACCCACUAAGCUUCGCGGCGUGCUUGGGGCAAGAGGAGUGCUAUCGUCUCAUCUUAGCCCGUGGAGCUGACCCGGACAAGCAAGAUACGAACGGGAAUACCGUACUGCAUAUGCUCAUUAUAUAUGACAAAAUGAGUACAUUCGACAUGGCGUACGAGGUGGGGGCUUCGCUUAACAUCCGCAACGUCCUCAACCUGACCCCUCUGACCUUGGCGGCGAAGCUGGCCCGCAUCGAGCUGUUCGUGCACAUCCUGAACAUCGAACGGGAGAUAUACUGGCAGAUAGGCGCGACUACCUGCGCAGCGUACCCAUUGGGCCAAGUAGACACCAUCGACACUGAAACGGGGCUAAUCAGUAAAGACUCCGCACUCAACUUAGUUGUGUUUGGUGAAAAAGAUGAACACUUAGAGCUCUUAGACGGCAUGCUGAUUGAUCUUCUGAAGACCAAGUGGAAUACGUUCGUGAAGUUCCGUUUCUACCGUCGCUUCAUAUUCUUCUCUUUCUACUUCUUGGUAUCCUUAGUUUGCUUCACUUUACGCCCGGGCCCACCAGAGCGCGCUGCUAAUUCUACCGUAAUAAACUCCACGGCUGUGCCUAACCUCAACUACACGGACGUGACCACAGAAGUUGAUAAUUGUAUUACCACGAUAAACGGAACUGAUUUCGAUCCUGGUGCCGUGGAGCUGAUCAACGGAACCAAGCCGAGCGUACAAUGCGGCCGAUUCAAGAGCCACCCGAAGGAUAAAGACAAGAAGCCGAAAAGGGAGUCCGAUAUGGAAGGUUGGUGGGAGGAUCUCACUGAGGAAUGCAGAUUAAUGAAUCUCGAUACUUGGCAAGCGAAACUACGAAUUUGCGGCGAAUUGUUACUCUGGGUGGGAGCGAUAUCGUACAUCGGUGCCGCUCUGAGAGAAGCGAGGUUCUUGGGAUUGAAAAUGUUCAUCGAGAACCUGAGUACAGUUCCUUCUAGGGUUAUGUUCCUAUUUUCUUGCCUGCUCAUGUUGGCACUGCCAACCCUGAGGCUUUGGUGCGCCGAUGAAGAGGAGGAUCACCUCGCCGUGAUUAUAAUGCUCACCACCGCACCGUAUUUCUUAUUUUUCUGCAGAGGCUUCAAGACUGUUGGCCCUUUCGUCGUUAUGAUCUACAGAAUGGUGAUGGGUGAUCUUCUACGUUUUGUUUGCAUAUAUUUAGUAUUCGUCAUGGGAUUCUCGCAAGCGUAUUAUGUAAUAUUCUUGUCAUUUGACAACCCAAACACGCCGGAGGGUGUCGACGACUCCGUUUCAAACCCCAUGCCAUCGCCAAUGGAGAGUAUAAUGGCAAUGUUUUUGAUGUCCCUGACGUCGUUUUCCGACUACUACAGCGCAUUUGAGAGGACCGAUCACGAGAUUGAAGCUAAGCUGCUGUUCGUGCUCUACAUGAUCAUAGUUGCGAUACUGUUGGUGAACAUGCUGAUCGCUAUGAUGGGAAACACCUACCAGAAGAUUGCCGAGACGCGGAACGAGUGGCAGCGGCAGUGGGCGCGGAUCGUGCUCGUGGUGGAGAGGGGCGUGCCGCCGGAGCAGAGGCUGAAGCAGCUGCUGACAUACAGCCAGCCGAUGGCGAAUGGGAAACGAGCAUUGGUGCUGAGGAUCAACCAGAAGGACGAAGACAAGGAAGAGAUGAAGGAGAUCCUGGAAAUGAAGCGAACCCACGAUCGGAUUGUGGCAAAGCGGAAGCAACGCGAGACGGAAAUGAUGGGAUUGAAGGCACGUCCGCCAGCACCCGUACGGGACUAUCCGACGAAGAAA